UUUUGUCUCAAAGGUAGGCAAUCAAGCCAGGCUUUUCCCAGCGACAGUGAUGUGGUAGCGUGUGACUCGAACAGUUAAAAAACAGCCUGGGGUUUGGAUAGGUGGUGUCGGGUGCCCAACCCCCUGGCGCCAGGUGAUUGCUGCUGCCCAACACGCAGUGAUUGACAGCGGAGCAGUUUCCACGGGCGCUCUUAUUGGACCCGUUCGGUUUGAGACUCGGAACUGCGGAACCCGGCAUCGAUCAGGUCAGGACUGCUAAUGGCGACAGCCACCUCGGCGUCCGUCGGCACCCGUGCGGUGGCCAGAGCAGGCCGCUUCCUCUCUUCCAAACGAGUCUCCUCCUGCGGGCCGGGGCUCCGCCAGCUAAGCGCAGUGAAAGUCGGCCGGCACUGCAAGUUGCGAAGCGCUCCCAUGCAAGAGGUGGAUCGUACUGUGCCGUUGGUGAGCCACCACCAGAUCGCUCGCUCCCUGGUCUACAAAGACGUGAGAAUGUUUCUGAACGAGAUCGGCGCCGAUCCCAGGGAAGCGCGGUAUUGGCUCACUCAGUUCCAGAACGCAGGCACCAGCAACAAACUCUUCGCCGUGAUUGAAGUGGAUGCAGACAUCUUUUGCUCAAAAGAGAUGGUGUCCAGUUUGGCAUUCGGCUUGGCGUUCCUCCAACGUAUGGACAUGAAACCUGUUGUCGUUAUUGGAUUAUCUUCUCAGUAUGAUGAAGAAACUUCAGAUCCAUUUGUAGAAACAAAAUCUUUAUUACUCAGGAAUUGCAGGAUCCUAACUGAUGCUCUGCACAAGAAUUCAGCUGUUACUAUGCCAUUUUUUAAUGGCGGGGCAUUGUUACAAGCAGAAAAGCCUUCGUCUUCUAAUAGUUUUGGGAACGUAGUUUCAGUUGAAGAAGACCUAUUAAACUGGAGUCUGGAAUCAGGUCACAUUCCUAUAAUCAGCUCCAUAGGAGAAACCUCUGAUGGACAACUGGUGUUUUUAAAUUCCUUGGGUGUCACGGCACAUAUUGCAAAGAUAAUGCAGCCUCUGAAAGUGAUGUUUCUGAACAACUCAGGAGGUAUUCAGGACAGUAGUCAAAAGUUCCGUCGUUGUCAAAGCGCUGCUUCAAGUGCCAAUGGGCGUUUUCAGCGUCGAGCAAUCUCUCUUGGUACCAGCUGUGUGGAGAGCCUACAGGUUGUGGGACAGGUCAAUCUUCCAUCUGACCUAGAUCUUCUGUUGAAUACAAAUUGGAUUAGUGAUAAAGAGGAACAGAAAGCCAAGGUGAUAAUGGAUCUGCUUAACCACAUGCCAUCAGAAUCUUCUGCUGUCAUCACAUCGGCCAACACCAUACUCACAGAGCUUUUCAGUCACAGAGGAGCUGGAACUCUAUUCAAAAAUGCAGAACCCAUCCGCAGAUACACAGACCUUGAUGAAAUAGACACAAACCGUCUAAUAUCACUAAUCAAUAAAUCAUUUGGGAAAGAUCUUUAUGAAGACUACAUUUCAGUAAUAAAGCCCAAGCUACAUUCUGUUUAUUUGUCUGAAGGGUACAGUGCUGCUGCAAUUAUCACCACAGAACCUGUCUUGAAUGGGAUGCCAUAUCUUGAUAAAUUUGUUGUCAGUACAAGUAAACGCGGCCAAGGAACCAGCCUGAUGUUAUGGGAAUGUAUUCAACAGGACUUUGAGGCACUUUUUUGGAGAUCGAGGACAACAAACAGAAUCAAUCCUUGGUAUUUCAAGCAAUGUGAUGGAAGCUUUGCAACUGGACAAUGGAUAGUGUUUUGGUAUGGCCUAUCAAAUAUGCGUGACUCUUAUUGCCUGGUGGACUAUGCAGAAAAUUUACCUGAUUCUUUUAUCAAAUCAAAGGAGCCUGUAAAUGAGCAAACUUCGUCUAUGACGGAAAACUAACUCUCUUCACUUAAUGGAUUCUUUUUCCACCUAUGUCCAAAGAAUCAAUUUUACUUUUAAGGUUAGACAUGCUUCAGUUUUGGCAAAGAUUAUGGUUUAAAUCGCUCCACCUUUUGUAAAAGUCUACCUUCAAAUACUACUAAUGGUAUAAGAGGGGAAAUUUCCACUUAAGUUGGCAAAGCAUAAGUGAACAAAACCAAAGCAGAUGAAACCUCCCAUUAAUGUGAUGGUCUACACAGGAUUGUGAUCUUUUGUGGUAGGAUAGUGCAAAGUAGUAAGUAAACUUCCUUUAACUGAAAGAGAUUUAUUAUAAUGGGAAAGGAGUGCAUGGGCUACCUGACAAAAUGACUCUCAAUCAGAUUGUUCAAGAAAACAACUGAGUAUCUCUUUAUGAACUGGGGGGGGGGGGG